CAGUGGCGUGCAAUCAAUGUAGGCAAAAAGGCAUUGCCUACCUUAGCAAUAUUUGUAAAAUUAUCGAAAACAUGCGAAAACUCUACUUCUAAAUUACAACAUAAUAUUUUACUUCCUUUAUUUCAAUCUGUUUCGUCUGCAAUUAUUAUUAAAGCAAACGCAAAUGUUUCCACGAUUCUAAAAUAUAGUGCAAUCUUGCUUUUAAGCGCACUUCAAACUUCCUGUGUAGGUGGCCCAUAUUUACGCGCCGUAAGGUGGACCGUUGUGAUGACAUGGAAACUAUACCGAGAUGCGAAGGCAGCACCUACAGUGAUAAUAAUAAGCGUACGAAAUUAAAGGCAUGUAUGUAGCGUAGUGUGUUGAAAAGAGAUAGAGCGCCGAGCUGAACGUUAUGCGAGAUGCAUGUGGCAUGUGCAUUCGGUAUUACCUGGCGUGUCGUUUCGCGGCGUUGUCGAUUAUCGGAUUAUAUUAUUUUUUAUAAUGUGUUUUAAGAAUAAUUUGGCCAAACCUUUUCUAUAAAACAUUGACAGAAACCAAACUGUUGUGUUAACUGAUUAGUGUAGGAGACUGGAGACAUUUACUUUGAAAAUAAAAAUGCAGUGUGAAUGUGAUGACAGUGAAAAUUGUUUACAACGGCUAAAAACAGUUCCGUUUAGCACCAGAACGUUUGAAAACAAACAUGCCAUUAUUGCGGCGGGGCGGCCUACCCCUUCACUUAAAAUUGUGCAACAAAAGAAAAACUGUAAUCGGUAUUUUAGCGAUAAGUUUUAUGAAAAUUAUAAUUGGUUUGCAGGUUGCAAACAUAUUAACAAGUUGUUUUGUUGGGCAUGUCUAUUAUUUUCGAAAGAAAAGAAUGUGUGGACUAAUGUCGGUUACGCAGACCUGAAUAAUUUGACAAAUGCUGCAAAAAAACAUGAUCAGUCUGAGAAUCAUAUAAAAUCUGCCCUUUCUUUAUGUAACUUUGGACAAAAUAGGAUAGAAAUGAGCCUUUCUCGUCAGUUUAAAGAGGAAAUAGAGCGGCAUAAUUCUAAAGUCGAUAGAAAUCGUAAUCUAAUGCGAAGACUUAUUGAUAUAACUUGUUUUUUGGGAAAGCAGGAACUGCCAUUCCGCGGACACACAGAAAACACUGAGUCGUCCAACAGGGGCAACUUUAUAGAAUGCAUACAGCUCCUAGCUAAUUAUGAUGGGAUUCUCGAAGAUCAUUUACACGCAUCCAACGAAAAUGAAAAGAGAAAUGUUUUUUCCGGAUUUUCAAACCGAAUACAAAAUGAUUUAAUAUCUGCAAUAGCCUUUGUACUUAAGGAAAAAAUGCGACAUGAGUUGCACCAAACAGACUUCGUGGCUAUUAUGAUUGAUGAGACACCAGAUAUAAGCGGCAAAGAACAACUAUGUGUGAUUUUUAGGUAUUUUACAGAAUCAAAUGAGGUAGUUGAUCGGUUUAUGGGCUUUAUCGACGUAAGUCCGGAUCGAACUGCAGAAGCGCUAACCAAAAUAAUUACGGAUAUUUUAAAUGACUAUAAAUGUACUGACAAAUUGGUAGCUCAGACCUACGAUGGAGCCGCUGUUUUAUCAUCUAGCAAAAAUGGAGUUCAGCAAAAAGUGCGGGAAAUUUGUCCUGACGCGAUAUACGUAUGGUGCAAUGCUCAUAUUUUGAAUUUAGUUUUGUCAAAGUCUUGUGAGAGAAUCGUGGAAACUAAACACUUUUUUGGGUCAAUUAAAAAUUUGGGUGCAUUUUUCCACACUAGUACCAAGCGUUCUGACUUCUAUAACCGAUUUUGCUCUAAAAAAUUGCCACGUGUAGUUCAGACUCGAUGGGCCUAUAAUUCCAGAACGGUAAAUGUAAUUUUUAGUGAACUUACUAAUUUGAAGGACCUGUUCAAUGACAUGCUUGAAAACCAAUCAAAUUGGGAUGGAGAGACUCUCGCGGCAGCUAGAAUGUAUUUAUUUACUCUAGAAGAUUUUGAAUUCAAUUAUUUUUUGGAAAUUUUCAACGUAAUAUUUGCCCAGACGGAUGUACUAUAUAGUAUAAUACAGUGCAAACUCUCUGAUAUUGGCUAUUGUAUUAAGAAAAUCGAGAAUUUUAAAGCAUUUUUGGAAAAUCUCUUCACGGAAUUUGAAAAAAUUUAUGCAAAAUGUGCAAACACUUAUGGUGAGCCUAAAAGAAAACGAAAUAUGAGUGAUGUUAAGACGCACUACAGGCGAAUUUUUAGAGAAAUAGUGGAUAACAUCAAAAGCGAAAUUGAUGAUCGCUACAGGGAAAUUAGGCUACUACAAUUUUUCCACCUUUUGGAUCCAGAUUGUUUCGAAUCUUUUAAAAAUAAAUUUCCAGAAGAAGUAUUCAAGGAAUUAAAAAUAAAAUACGGAUUAAAAUUUGAUUUUGAGAGAUUAAAAAAUGAGCUAAAUUGUUUAUAUUCAUCAUUAGAAUUCAAAGGCAUGAAUGUUUAUGAAGUCAUACGAUUUUGUCAUGAGAAAAAAAUGUGCGAAGUGUUCCCUCAAAUAAUCAAAUUAGCAAAAUUAAUUGUGACAAUACCCGCUAGCUCGGCAUCUGCAGAACGUUCAUUCUCUGGACUUAAGCGUAUCCAUACAUAUUUACGUAAUACUCAGGGGCAAGAUCGACUUAGCAGUUUGUCAAUCAUUUCCUUGGAGAAAGAACUCUUGCUAGAUUUAAAACGCAAUUUGACUUUUUAUGAUGAUGUUAUCAAAGCAUUUUUGAUGAAAAACCGCCGUAUUGAACUAAUUUAUAAAAAAUAAUUAUUUCUGUUUCUUAUUUAUUUUGGUAGUUAUUUUAAUAAAUUUGUGUAAAUUAAGACAGUGUUUCACCUUAACAAGAGAACAAUGUUUCUCAACGAUUUGUUAUGGGUAAGUUAAUUUAAAAAAAAAUAUAUAUUAUACUAGCCUUUGCCUACCCUACCUCCAAUGCCACUGCACGCCACUGGGAGUUAGAGGCUCUUAAUCGAUCGAUCCGUGUGCAAAUGACAAAAUAUUUAAUUCACCAUCCAAAAGCUUGUACAGAAAGGCUCUAUAUUCCACGGAAAAUGGGAGGCCGGGGACUAUUAGAUACAAAGUUACUUUAUCAAAAGCAAAUAAAUAAACAAAAAAAAUACUUUCGAGAUAAAUCCUUAACUUCUACACUUCACCGAGUCGUAACUCAGCUGGAUAACUACUCUCCAGUUAAACUCAAAGAAGGAAGCUCAGCACUUCCUGAUCUCAACAUACGAAAAAGUGAAUGGCUGUCGAAGCCCCUUCAUGGAAAGUAUCCCAAUCAACUUCUGCAAUCAAAAAUUGAAUUCUCAACUGAAUGGUUGAGAAAGGGAUACUUGUUCGGGGAAACUGAGGGAUUUUUGGUGGCGAUUCAAGACAACGUUAUCGCAACACGAAAUCAUAUCCAAAUUAUCCACGGAGUUCGACUCGAUAACGACUUGUGCAGAAUGUGUCGUCGCCACUCAGAAACAAUAGAGCAC